AAAUUUACAAGUUUUCGUUUAAUAUAUAUAUUAAAUAUAGAACGCUGUAACACCCCUCCUAGUACGUGUAGCUGAGGGCUAACCUGAACCAUAUUUAUCACUUUAAAUAUAUUUAUACCUUUAUAUAUAUAUUUAAAGUGGGCUGAUCGAGGGUUGGGUGUUGAGGGGAAGUUGGAUGUAUUUUUGUUUGGCGUUGAUGUGUGAGCCAAAGGGCUGUUAGUUGACUAUGGUUGUGCCUUGGGGUGUGUUUGGGAGCUCUGAUUCCCUGACUGGUUUCCACCAUAUGGCCUGGAUCGCUUUAUUGCUGCUGUUCGUGGCUUCGGUUAUAACUGUUCUGACUUGGCUGCUGCAAUAUUCGCUGGGGAUAUUUCGGCGAUCCGAGCAAAGAGGAGAUCAUCAUCACCUUCCUCCCAACCUGGGCAGCUGGACCUCUCUCUUGCGCCAAGAAAACGUCUCGGAGCCAGGGCUGAAACGUCUCCUCACUUCCCUGUUUGCCUUCAAGUCCUUCAGGGACAACUGGCAAGCAUCAUGGAUCAAGGCUCUGAACGACCAGGCUUGCCGGAUUGGGAGUUCGCUGCAGAUAAGCUUCGAAGAGGGGCCCCAACUCCCAGCCUCCGCGACCAUCACAAGCCUGACCUGCACUGAGCAGUCGAACCAGAGUAUGGUUCUUUGCUGCCAUUUGGUGGUGGACACCAUUCAGUUUGCGGUGUCCAUUACUCAACAAUCUCCAGCAGCCGUCUCCAUGGACCCCUAUCAUGUGGUCUUGGCUCCUCUUCAGGCCCAGAUGGAGAUCUGUCUGGAGGAAGCUGAGGUGGGGGGCUUGCUGGUGACCUGGUGUUUUAAGGAGCCCCCUGCUCUAUCCCUGACUGUCACUCCCAAAAUCCAACGAGGGAGGACUGAGGGGAAGGCAGACGUGUCCACCAUUGCAGAGCUGAUUGAGGAUACAGUCAUCAGCACCAGCCCAGCGAUGCUGCUCAACCUCAAGGCUCACGGGGCGAGCACCCUGGUGUCGGGAGAAAAAUUUGGGAAGAGGUUGGCUUCUCCGUCGAAGGCGGCAUUGAACGCUGGGCGUGGACUGGUGGUGAGGCAGCUGAGAGUGAGCAUGAGCAAACCCCAGGAGAUGGGAGUGGGUGAGCUAUGCUGCGUGCUGGAGCUUGACGGCCCCCUACAGUCGAAGAGAACGAGGCCCGUGACCCCCACGUCCUCGAGCACAGGCACUGAGGCGGAGUGGAGCGACGAGGUGAACUUUGAGAUGGGAGCCAGGUGCAAGCAGCUGAAAGUGAAAGUGUUGCAAAGGGCAGGACAGAGGGAAGCCACUAUUUUGGGGCAGAGUGCAAUCCCUGUGGAUCGUUCCCGCCACUCGCCGGCCAGACGGCAGACGUUCCCACUGUUCCCUGUCUCGGACUCCGACAACGACGACACCGCCACGUCCAACGGCUUCGUCUCGCUCGAGAUGGUCUAUGUGGGCCCCAGAGAAUCCAAAUCCUCCCCCUCGUUGGCUCCCCUUAGAGCGACCAUCACUCCCACCAAGAAAGUGGAAAUGGACCGGAUGGUGAUGCCGGAUGGAACCAUUGUCACCACAGUAACCACCAUCCAAUCCCGGCCCAAGAUGGAUGGCAAAAUAGAUUCUCCCACGAGGUCACCUUCCAAGGUGGAGGUGACAGAGAAGAGAUCGGUCACGGUGGACGACAGUCCGGUCAAUGUAACGGCCAGCAAUGAUCACCUUGCCAACGGCCUGGAUCCGGUGGUGGAGACAGCCAUCCGGCAACUGACGGAAUCCGCCAAAAAACCCACCAAAAAGACCCCAACCAAGCGCAGCACACUCAUCAUAUCCGGCGUCUCCAAGGCCCCCAUUGAUCAGGAGGAGAUGGCUCUGUCUGUGGGCUAUGCUGCGUCGAUGGAUGCGUCGUUGCAGAGCGACCCUGGUUGGACCGGGUUGCCUCAGUGCAGCAGCCCCAAAGAUCUGGACUCGGCGAAGUCCACCGACUCCCUCCACCGGCGGCAGAGGAGCAGCCAGGACCUGGAUGAGGCGGCAACGUCCGACAUUUCCGAUCGUCCGUCCGUGGACGACGUCGAGUCGGAGACGGGAUCGACCGGAGCCCUGGAAACCCGGAGCCUGAAGGAUCACAAAGUGGGAUUCCUGCGCAGUGGCACCAAGCUGCUGUUCAGGAGGAGGAGCAAGCAGAAGGAGGCAGGGCUGAGCCACUCGCACGAUGACCUGUCCAACCCCAGCGAGGGCUCGGUGGGCUCCAGGAAGAAAUCGGGCAGUUUCUCCCGCAAAAUCAUCAAGCGCUUCUCCUUCAAGUCCAAGUCCAAAGCCAGCGCCAACGGUAACCCCACGGCGACCCCCGAGAACUGAGGCUUCCCUCCCUGAGCCGGAGCCGGAACGGGAACGGGAAGAGGAAGCGGACAGCGUUUCGAGUUGGGAGCCAUUUCCCAGACUGACCAACUGAGCUCUCAAGUCAACUCAUCCCAGCUCAAUUUAGCCCGGCCCAGCCCAGCCCAGCUCAAGGGACAAGUAUUUUAAGAACAUAAGAAUUUGUCAGGUGAAAGAAGAACAAAACCCAUCCAGUUUGCCUUCCUGGCAAACACUUGCACAUGUCGUGACCUCCCGAACUAUAUACUGUAUCCCCGAGAUAUUAUUUAUAUCCCGUUCCAAUUCAGACUCUUCUGCGAGACGUUAAUAGCCCCCAUGACGCCUCGUCUCUGACCCCGAGAAGCAACAGCAACAACAACAAUUUGCAUUUAUACUCUGCCCUUCGUGUGGGUAGCGUCUGGGAGUGCUUGGAUUUGACUAAGUGACCGAGGUUUGAACGCCAGGACGAAAGGAAUGGACAUCGUUGGAUCCAGAUACUUUGCUUCCAUUGUGAAACCCUUUGCUUCGCUCCCCUCAACCCACAGACCCGCUUUAUUUAUUCUGCCUUGACCCCACCCCUAUUUUCUCCCUCUCCUCCCCCCUCCCCGGCCCCAUCCACCCAAUAUCUGCCACCUCCGCACACGGGUUCAGUCAGUCUGUCCUUUUCUUCCGAUCAUUGAGCGGAGGCACCUCUGACUGUAGGCACCUGCUGAUACACUGACCGAUGUCACCCCGACACACAAGGGGAGCGUAGCUGGUGAGCAAAAUAUCUCACCAUCUCUUAGUUUCAGGAAGACACCCAAUUGGCGUUUUUGCUUGUUAUGGAUUAUCAUUUAACAAGACAGUUGUGGUGUUACUGACAUGCUUUGGGGACUUCUCCGGGAAGUGAGUAGUGGGUGGAGUGAGUGUGUGCGCGCGUGUGAGAGAGGGUGGUGGGGAGGAGGAUGUUUCAGUGAAACGUCCCGCGAUUGUUUGGGUGAGUGAAAGAAGCACUCCAUCAAAUUGUGAGGGGCCUGGUUUGUGACCGUGUUUAUGCAGCACUCUGUCACGUGGGGUAGCGUCUCGGAGCAUUUAACACGCAACCUCUGCCCACGGCCUCGCGCUCGGAACUCUUCUUAUGUGACGGGAGAUUUCCAGAUGUUUCAAUCACCAGCUUUUGGGAUCAGGUACCAGGUUAGGGCUGAACCAGACAGUCUUUUUCCAAUAACGAUACAAUUUUGUGAUUUACAAAUCACAAAACACGGCGCCUUUCACACAAGGAGGACGUCUCAAAGCGCUCAGCGCUGAUCUGGCCAGGCACCCGAGCCGGUGGGAAAGAACGGGGAGAGGAUGAGAGAGCGGGCAGUUGAAUGGAGUGAGGUUGGAGGAAAAUGUGACCAAAAGCGUGGUCAAAGAAGUGAGUGUUGAGGCAGACUUUAAAAAGGGGAGAGAGAGAGAGAGAGAGAGGGACGAGUGAGCUGGAGGGA